AUGCUCAGAAACUCCAUGAGCUAUGGUAUCCAGCUUCACUGUGGAGGAAUGAUCUUAAUUAUAGCUGAACAUCUUAGUCUCCACAUACCUAACAACCCCACUGAUAUAAUUCCGGGUCGCACUCGUUUAUUUAUUGAUGUUAUGGAGACUAUGCACCUCUUUCACUGCUAUCCUAAUGAGGAUGUUCAUUGGACCGUAGAUGGUGCCUCCAAAUCGGCUCGCCCCAUUCCCUUUCCCGAACACAACCUUUACAUGGGCGAGUUUGCACGAUUAGACCACCAUUACACGAGUCUUCAGCAGGAGGUAGUCAAGAUUUGUACAUGUGUUUCUGAACAUACCUCCGAGUUUCAGGACUACCGUAAUCUUCAGGAGGAGCGUUGGGCCCAGUAG